ACUGAAUGCCUUUCUGCCAUUUCAUCUUGGAUGACAUCUCGCCACCUCAAACUUAAUAUUUCCAAAACAGAAUUAAUUAUAUUUCCACCGGCCAAUAGUAGUUUCCAACCUGAUAUCUCUAUCACUGUUGAGAACUCUGCAAUCACCCCUACCCCACAAGCUCGCUGCCUAGGUGUCAUUCUUGACUCUGAACUGUCCUUUGUUACCCACAUUCAAUCUGUCUCAAGAUCAUGUUACAUACAUCUAAGAAACAUAUCCAAAAUAUGCCCUUAUCUUACACAAGACACAGCAAAAACUCUAAUCCAUGCUCUCAUUAUCUCCCGCAUUGAUUAUUGUAAUAGUCUCCUGACCGGUCUUCCCAAACAUAGGCACUCACCACUACAAUCCAUUUUGAAUGCAGCUGCGAGGCUAAUCUUCCUUGCCAGACGUUCAUCGUCUGCAGAUCCGCUCUGUCAGUCCCUCCAUUGGUUACCGGUAUUCUACCGUAUUAAAUAUAAAAUACUUUUACUCACAUACAAGGCUAUUAACCAAACUGCACCAACAUACAUCUCUUCACUCAUCUCAAAAUAUCUCCCUACCCGACAUCUCCGCUCUGCACAAGAUCUACGUCUCUCAUCCACACGCAUUACUUGUUCACACUCAAAAUUACAGGACUUUAUCCGGGCUUCACCCACUCUGUGGAAUGCCCUCCCACGCACAGUAAGACUCGCCUCUAGUCUCCAAACCUUUAAAUGUUCCCUGAAAACUCACCUCUUCAGACAAGCCUAUCAAAUUCCAGACCCACCCACAUAACCUUCAGUGCUUCCCUAUCUUAUUACAUCCUCUGUAGAGUAUUCAUA